AUGGCCAACAUCCCCGAAGAUUUGAUAGUCGACGUUCUCUCCCGACUUCCAGUGGAAACUCUGCUACGGUUCAGGUGCGUUUCUAAAAGAUGGUGUGCCCUAAUUGACUCCCCUAACUUCCUCAGUUUGAAACUCAAUCAAUCACUCGCAACCAACAAUAACUUCACCCUGAUUUUUGAAAAAAUGAAGGUCGACGGUCUCUAUUCUUUAGGGUUUGACUCUCUUGAUGAUAUCCUAAACCGUGAUGACCAUAAUAUAGUAAAAUUUGACGACCCUUUUCUGAAAGCAGACGAAUUUGAUAUAGUAGGUUCUUGCAAUGGCUUGAUUUGUUUGAUAUCUUUGGAUGUUAAUGAAGUGCUCAUGUUGUUAAACCCAUCCACCAAAACACACCAAAUUUUACCAACUAUGCCACCAUCUUCAGACAUUUGUGACACUGUUCAUGGAUUUGGGUAUGAUCCCGUCAAUGACGAUUACAAGAUUGUAAAUGUGGCCACUUUGUUUGAUGAUGAGGUGAACCCUUUGGGCUCUGAAAUAACAGUUUUUAGUUUGAAAUCGAAUGUAUGGAGAAGGAUUAAUCAUCGUUUCUCUAAUCUCCUUAGACUUGAUAAGCAUGGUGUGUUUUUUAAUGGUGCUUUGCAUUGGGCGGCUAGUCAUCAGCCCGGGUCACAUGAGGAUAAUUAUAUUGCUGCAUUUGAUCUCGGGGUUGAGAAUUUCCGGGAGGUGCAGCUCCCAAAAGAUUUUUGGUCGGUGACUUUGGGAGUUUCGGGUGGAUGCUUGUGGCUGUUUGGUAUUAAUGUUAAUGAUGACGACCAUCUGGAGUUAUGGGUAAUGAAUAAUUACAUGAUGCGGGAGAUGUCGUGGACAAAACAUUCUCUAUCUUUCUUUUCACAUGUGUAUGAAGAUCUUCAUGUUGGCCAACUAGGAAUUCUAGGUUAUUCAAAGGGUACCACCCAAGUUCUCCUCGUACAAAUUAAUUUCAAUCUUUUUUGGUUAGACCUCAAACAGCAAACAGUCGUGGAUCUUGGCUUUCAUUCACGGGGGUUUCGGCCACUUGCAGCAGAGAUUUACAUCGCCAGCCUCGUUAAGCUUCCCUAUGAUCAAGGAACUAAUAUUCGAUCUGUAGUUACUAUUGCAACCUAG